GCGAUGUGCUUUUGCUGGCCUACAUGCCCCUACGGUUCAACGUAUCCGUAGGCGACCUAACAACUGGCAAGGAGAUGGCAAGUCGUCAGCAAAUAAGCGAAUAUCAGGUGCGCUCUCCGGCUCUCUACUUCGAUCUAUUGUUAUGGCAGUUCUUGAUUUUGUAACUUCACUAAUUCUGUUUCUGAACCGACAUGAUUGACAUCAGAAGAUCACUGUCCUUGCUUUGAUAACUUGUAAGUGGAAAUUCACGUGGACGUGGUCGUUGCCUUCAUUUCUCCAACGGAAUUCUAAUGACCUCAAUCUUUCCUGGAGUGAUCAUUACUCUGGGAGCUUCUACUGCAACUGUACCGCUUGGUUUGCUCCUGCUGAAAAUGCUCCGCUGUCACCGUCUUAUCUGGCUCCCACAGUCUCAUUUUGAGAUGGAGUAUAAUACAGAUGUGCAGCUAGUCCGGAUGCUCCUGUGGAUGUUUCUUCUGUUUCACAUCGUAACCUGCAUCUGGUUCCACAUUUUGGACACCAGGGGAAAGGUACUGGUCAUUAUUUCUUCACGGCUGCUUCUGAUCCUUUCUUGUGCGAAAGAUCUUGAAAAUUAAUUCAGCCACUUUGUUCCUACAACGUGCAGCUAGCGUGCAUAUGUCUUUCAUCUGGCGAUCAACAAACGCAAACUCUUGUGGUGCAUUUUCAUAUCUGCCCUCGUUUCCUACUAUUUUGCUCUAGGUCGACUCAGUGAUUCUUGCUGGAGGGCUCUAUGGCGCGGAGAGCAGUGCCAACGACCUUAGUACACACUUUCGCCUCUAUGUGUACUGCUUUCGUGAAAGUAUCUAUCUGCUCAAUGGUGAGUCGCGUACUCAUGCGAUGGGGGAAGAUAACAUUGAGAUUCUCUUCAUGGGUUUGGUCGGUGCUUUUGGGGGUCCCUUUUUCGCAGUCGUGUACGCUCACAUGACGAUUUUCUUAGAGCGCGUGGGCAGUUUAGCAAAUAAACACACUGAACAGAUGGGCCUAAUCAAAGCCGCAAUGAAGUCUCUGCAGGUGCCGCCAGAAUUGGAACAGAGGAUCACCAAGUACCACACUUUCUUGGCCAUUCACCACAAUUUGCACGCGUACAACACGCUGAUGCAAGGACUCUCGGUUUCCCUUUUUGUAGAGCUCAAAGCGUUCCUCUUUCGCAAGUUGUUCGAGAACGCGCCAUUUUUCCGCGCAGCACCCAUGGAGUUCGUGCACACACUGAUUCUAGUGCUUGUCGAAGUGACUUUUUCGCCGGGUGACUUGAUUGUGCGACAAGGCGACAUCGGCGAGGAGAUGUACUUUAUCAUUCGCGGAACCUGCGACGUCCUGAACGCUGAGUGGGACACCGUGAGAUCCCUACGCGAAAAUGACUAUUUCGGGGAGAUCGCCUUGCUUGCACAGACGCCACGUCUCUGCAGUGUGCGCGCCUCGACUUACUGCCUGCUCGCUGAAAUUACACGCGAAAAAUUCCUUCCCAUUUUUUAUGGCAACAGAAAAAAGAGGAAAACACAUGCAAUAGAUGAUCGCGAUGAUCGCUUGUCGAAGAACAACGAAGUCGAAGAUGUCAGGCAUCCCUGACUUAACACGAGUUGUGUUUUCUGUUUCGCAUAUCAUUAUUGUUGUAGAACUACAACCUGAACCUCCAGUCUUGCAGCACCAUCUAAGGCUCGGAUCAGUUCCACGAGCAGCGCGAGGCCAUCAUACAGAAUCUACAGCGCUAUAUCACGGGAGAAGACAUGUACGGCAGUGCAGACGACAUUGGACGCAACAUGGGUGCAAACCCUGGUGCAGGUGGCGGAAAUCGGGGAUUCGACCCCGAAUACGGUGCAGCUGGUGUGGCGCAAAUGGGACAUCGAAAAAGCUGUCGCGAUCUGCUAACUGGUUUGGUUGAUAUUGAUUAUGUUUAUGGUGUUGUAAGCAAAUAGCUUUGAUGAAGGUAAAAAAGCACGGUUUGCUUCCAUAGCAACAUAUGGGGGAGUUUUGUGCAUAGUCUUAGUCACGAAUCUACUAGAUGUAGAUCUUAAAAAGAGCAUUCUACUCAAAAGAUCAUACGUCGGCUUUGUUCUAACACGAGCCGGAUCAGGCACGGCCUGCAUCAAACAGCCCGCGCGAAGCCAAUCAUAUGGGUCCCGACCCGAAUGGCUACAUCCCAGACCACGCAUUUACUGGUUGCAAUAGCGUGAAAAAUAGCAAUAGCGCUUCACGGAUUUCGAAACCACGAGUUUCAUCCUUCGCGGGCGCUUUGGGUUCUUUCUACGGCAAGGCGACGCAGAGGGGAAAUAGCAGGGCUACCGCUGCUCAGCCAGAUUCCAAUUUACUUUCAGCAACGCGCUCACCACACGGAAACCGGAAAACACGGGCUGCAUCGGUAUUGCCGAACGCAUCUGAGGAAGAAAUGAGUUCCCCUUCUAUUGGCGGACCAGGAAACGCUUUAGCCCUCGCGAGUGGUGCCGCACCACAACCAGGGGGCGCUAGGGGACGCUUGAUGUUAUGGUAUCUGGAUCAUCGUCUUUGAGUGUAUCUGUUGUAGAACAAGAAAGAAGACAUAAAAAUAAAUAUAUAACGCGAUCAACAUAAAUAUGGAAGAUUGUUCGUUGCUGUUACCGGUAUCUGCUAACAUGCAACAAGCCACAGCCACAGCCACUUCUUCUAAUAAAUUGUGUUUAGCGUUAGCCAAGGCAUUGCCAUUCCUUUUUUUACUUCUCAGAAUCUCAUUUUUUGUUCUAAUUUUUAGCACGCCACAGAGUCAAAGUGUUACAGGUCCUGUUCGAUCAAGCAGCUCGCACAUAGCAGGGGGAGCUGCAGCCGGUGCGAAUCAAGGAGUACAGCCGACAAACUCGAUUGUGUCUUCGCCGUCGCAGCAUUCGGAUGCUGGGUUCAACAGUGCUACUGGCAACAACGAUGUAUUGACGCACCGACUGACGUCUCUUUUCACUAGCCACGGCAAAAUGGAAGGGCCGCGGGGGCUCGAGGCAUCGGAGCUGAAGAAAGGAAAGAUAAAGGGAGGGCAAGUCAGCCGCUCCGGGACCGGGGUAGAUCCGCGAAUGACGAUGGCCUACCCAUCACCGGCGCCGAUGAUUACUCCUUCAGUUGGUGGAGGAGGAAACGCAGCUUCUGCAGUGCCGGGAUUGUUGCAGCCUUCAACGAGCGAGGUUGCCUCAGUGGUCCAGCGCCUUUCGUCUGCGACCGCAGGGUCUUCCGGCAAACAACAUGCGCCGUCUGGCGUCUCUUUGAGCAACCCCCCAGACGCGAUAUUUGAGGAACAGGAUGACUCCAUGGUCCAACAAGCACCUUCGCACUCCUCAGGCGAACCAGAGGAGCAACCGCCGACAGUGCUGGAAAUUGAUGUGGGAGCAGGGGAGCAGCAGCAAAGUUAUCUUUUUCAGCAAGAGUACGUCCUAGUCGGAGCCAGCGCGCUUAAUCCAGAAGCGCCUGUGGUAAGAGUUUCCUCCGCUGACAGCGAACGCGAUGAAGCCGGAAAACUGCCGAGUAUGUCAGCAAGUCGCAAUCUCCGUUGCUUCAAGACUGUUACAGCCGCGCAAGCUUCUUCGCUUAGCAGUGUCGAGAACACACGGAAUUACCAUCAACAGCUCGAUUCGUCCUCUUCUUUUUCCGGUGCUGGUCCUGACGACGAUCCAGUGCGCAUGACCAUGUGUUCACUACCUGAAAAAAGCGAGAGCAGCGUGGAGCUGAGCAUGCAUACCGAAACCCCGCACCAUCCAAUGACAAGUGGAAAAUCUUCUAGCGAAAGGAUCAGGCCUACUCUGAUUGCGCGAGGAAACAUUUUGCCGCAGUCCUCGGCAUCAGCAGUGCCAUUCGGUGGAGCACGCGGAUCAUCCAGAAGGGGUAAGUCAGAGAUGCAUUAUCCGUCAACGUGCCUCGUCUCGCGCAAGUCCCUGUCUCAUCAUGCCAUGAGAAGAAACUCGCUGGGCGUGUCUGAUGAGGUGCCUCAACCACAAACUACUCUAUUUUUGAAAAUAUAAUCAAAAAUAAGAACGCGCUGGCUUUCUUGUCGUCGAAAGAGAUGGCUGUGAUAUAAAAUGAUGUUGGUUUGGUUAAGAAGUACUAGAGUCGUGAGCUCUUGACUACGACGUCGACGAUUUAACAAACAACGAAGAACGUCUAAUUAUUGAUAUGGAAGGAUAGCGAAGGUGUUCGCCAUAGCUAGAAGUUGGGGCGUGUACUAUUUAGGCUGGCAUCUCUUCCCAUCUCCCGCAUUCAUCUUCGUACUCAUCCUUCCACGUACUCGGGGGCUGCGCAUCCUACACGCAGUGCACGUGACUGGCCAUCGCGUGCAGUAUUCACUAUUCUAUUCGUAUUCGUAUUCUGUCUCUCUAUUCGUACUCGUUCUUCGUACUCGUUCUUCGUAUUCGUUCUUCGUAUUCGUUCUUCGUAUUCGUUCUUCGUAUUCGUUCUUCGUAUUCGUUCUUCGUAUUCGUUCUUCGUAUUCGUUCUUCGUAUUCGUUCUUCGUAUUCGUUCUUCGUAUUCGUUCUUCGUAUUCGUUCUUCGUAUUCGUUCUUCGUAUUCUACUCUCUACUCUAUUCUACUCUAUUCGAAAUUCUUUCCCACCCUCCACUCCCUUACUAUCCUUGUGACACCUCGCUCACUCUGGCAUCAUGUUCCCGCGCUUCACGCGUCCGGGCUUUUCUCUUCACGACUCAUUUUUGCAAUUUCGUUGGUUCAUUCGAACUCGAUGCCAGCCGUGGGCUAGUCUGUCACAUGGACAGAGCUAGCAAAAUAAUACUCACCUACUGUUUGGCAGCACCUUCAAGGAUGCGCCUCAACUAUCCUAGAAGUAUGCUAGACCUGGCUGUACUUGUCCUACUAGUGCUAACUCACCUGUAAUUUUGCUGGGCAAAAAUCUACAAGAACUCACAUCAAUUGAUGCUGUUCAUCAGGUACCACCGGACGAAGACGAUAUCGGAGCGCGAGUGCGCGAAACCUUGGUUGAAGUCGCCACGACAGCAGCUGCAAACUCAGAGGCAAAACCUUCCGCCUCGCGGCUUACGAUGGCUCUGCAGGCAGGAAUCGGGAAUACACUGGCAUCACCACCACCACUGCCUGCCAAGUCACCGAGUGGGAAUGGUACUUCUACUUCCGUCGCAUUGAAAUAUCCCUACCUUGGACACAACUUUCUCUGUUACUCUUCUUCUGAGUCAUGGAAAUUUGAGACCUUCCAAUAUAAACAUCACCAGCUGCAGAGCGCGGAGUGCGUCAGUCUAUCGCCAGUGCCAUCGCGCGUGUUCGUCGACCUAGCACCACCGUUGUUCCGGGAAUGCAGCGUACAGGAAAUCUUGUUCAUUUUGCUGCACCGUUCUCGUCCUUGAGCAAUUUACAGGGUGAAAGCCGUCAAAUUGCAGACUCGAUCCGUCAGGUGCUUCGGGACGAAUUGUGCAAACUUGUGGUUGACUAUCGAAGAACACUAGAAGAAAUGUUCGGUCAUUUCAUGGAAGACUUAGUCGAUGAAAUCCGCGAGACGAUCCAUGUCGAACUAAGGGAGGAAUUUCUUGCGGCAGGUUAUGACAGGUUCUAAGAUCUUCUUCUUUUGAUGCUGGUUCGGCGUUUAUCUCUAUGCAUAAAGUGAGGGCGUGUCAAGCUGCAGCACGAGUUUAAAUCCAACAUUCGAGGAUAGAUAACAAACCCAGGGGGGUCACCGGCGCUGAAGAUUGAUAAGUACAUCUCGAAACUUUCUUCCUUUGGUGCGUCGCUUAAAUGUACUACGAUCUCUUCCUUCUUCGUAUUCUUUCCCUUCUUUGCGUUCACUUGCAAGUUCAACGGAAUAUGUCGACUACUUCCGCCGGCAGCAGUGAUGUAGGUGCUAGUCCCGGAGUAGUUGACUUUCAAGGAGCGAUUAGCUCGGCAGUGCCGCAUCGUAGCCUAGAACGCUCGGAGACGGCGCAGGAUGUCGACGAUCCCUGGGACCAACCUCAGCUUGCGGGCUUAGCUAGCGGCGUUCGAUGGGAGCCAGGCCUCGCGGAAAAUAUACCCGAGGAGUGAUGGUAGGCAACUCAUGCAGGUGCACUAGUGACGUGAUCAGCGAUGCAAAAAUUAUUCUUGUACAUGUAUACUAUAAAUAUUAAUAUUAUAUGUAAGAAAAGUUUUCACCUUUAUCCGUCGGCUUAUCCCUUCAAACAAAAAAUAUAUUAUAAGAAAGGGAAGACGAAUAUUUUUAGUAUAGGACGAGGCGUACAACUAGCCUACGCAGAGACGAAAUUUUUCACUCGAUUUGUUUUUUUGAUUCAGGCCGUCGAGGUUUGAGUUCUUGAAAGUAGAUCGUAAAGAGGUGGACGUUAGUAUCUUAUUCGUACCGGCAAAACUAACAUUUUUCGAUAAAAAGCAUUUUCGCAUAUGGGGGAUAGGCCUAAAGAACGUCAAAUACUUUUAUAUUUCUUUUUUGGAGAUGAUGAUGAAUAAUAUUCAGAUUUGGAUUUUGACACGAGUACGAACGAUUUGAACUUUUUGUGUAGAUGUUUUUUCAUUGGCCACAGAGCCAGAGGGCAGAUCAAGACUAUUUUUGAGACUCUUACGUCAAUCAUUUGCAAUCGACUACGAUAUUGCUUUGCAGCUUCCAAUUCCAAAUCCAUGCAGUUAUAAUUUCACUUUCACAGUGAAAAGAUUUUUUUUGCGUACUUGUCUAAAAUCAAGUAAGUAAGUGCUGAGUGAGUGUGCACGCACACAAUAGAAAAAGUAUUUCUGUCUAAAAAAUGCAAUUGCUACUUAACUGUUGUCUCCUCGUUUUCCUUCUUCUGUGUGCUCUUUUUCACUAGUUUCAAUCCGCAGUGCCCAUCUACUAGUACUAGCUAUCGCCCCUGACAAGUAAGUCAGUCUAAAGUCUUCAAGUGUUUAUUUCAAACGGGUUUUUGUUUGAUGAUAUGGAGUCCACAAGCAAAUCACUGUUUCAGUUUCUUCUCUGAUCUGCUUCUUGCAAAUUACUUAUCUACUCAAAAGUAAGAUGACACUAAAAUGUACCACCAAGUCGAAACACGUGAUAGCAUGAUCAUUGGGGCAACUGAGGGCGCAGGCGUCAGCGUUUUCUCUCUCUUUGCGACGAUCUUCGGCUUGGUGAUCAGAAAAAAGACAAUCUUGCAGGUCCAGGUGUCAGCUCGUCAUCUUGGUAUAAGCGGAGCUUUGUGUUUGCGUAGAGAUAUGUCUUGACAAACCACUAAGCAAUAAGAACACAACUUUUAGUAGCCUAUUGCGAAUUGGAUCAAUUUCAAUGGUUGCGGCUGUGACCAGCCGGUGUAUGCUGUUUGUGAACACAACACUAGGACUGCACAUCUACACCCUUAAGGUGAUGCGUUCUCAUAUAAUUCUCGGCCUGUUUCAGUUGUGCACAUCGUGAAGGUUUCGCAUGAUUCUCAUGCGGUUGCAAGGUUGUCAAAUGUGUGGGCCUUCUUGCUCAUGUGUAACAGCAUAGGGAUUCACAUAGAACGCGCAGGCUUUCAGUGCUGUGAUCAUUGUCACCAUAGGACUGCAAUGAUCUCCAUCCCGUUUAUGUUCUUGAUGAUCUUCGUACUCAUGACGGUACUGGGGUCAUCGUCUUCAUCUUCUUACUUUAAUCAUUUGCGGAACAGGGGAGCUGGAUCAUAUGCGUCAAUAGAUCACGCAAGUGAUUUGCCAUCCUGUGCGAUAGCUGCAACAGUAUUAGAGUGACUAUGAUAAUCACUGACGUGCGACUGCGGCGCAGAUUGACCCCCACGAAAGGACACUUGCCAC